CCCAAGUUAAGACCUGUUAAGACCUGUUAAGACCUAACCUACACUCAGAUGCUUUAGUACCUAAGUAGCGUACAUGCCUCUCUAAUGUAUGUAUAUGUUCCUCCGUGCCGGUGCACUUCCGUGCAACAGGCCUUAGAUUCUGGGCCUGUGAUUCGUUCGGGGCAGUUAGUUUCUCGGUCUUGGGAAGUUGGGGUCCAUUGGCUGAUAUAGGAUAUGGGGACAGACCUCUCGCACUGGCUUACGCGUCCCUUCUCCUCUUUUAAUCGGACAGUCCCUGUGGGCCUGUCAACCUUCCCUACGGGGCCAAGUACUAACUUGGUACUUGCCAAGCCACACACAAGGAAGUUCAGGGAUGUGCCCCCAAGAAACUGUCCAAGAACUGACCACCCAGCUGUCACCCCCCGAAUUAUCUUUUAGACAGCAAUGUCCCAGACACCCAUAUUAUCCAAAUUUCCCUUCAAAUCCGCGUUCCCUACCAAAUCUUGCUUGCCAUUUCUUUCCACACUUCUUCGCCCACCAUAAAUGUCUUUCCUCUCUAUACCAUAUACCAAUACUCAAUACUCAAUACUCGACACUUAAUACCCAAUACUUGUUCGCGAAUCGAAGCUCUUAUCUCCCAUCGAAUACACUCCUGUAUAUAGAUUUAAUUAGCAUUUGUCAUUUGUCUUCGAAGAUAGUCGUUCGGACCGAACUGAGUAGACUCACCUUCCAGCGCGGUUAUGUCAGCUUCAAGCCAGCCUUCGUCGAGCCCCACGGGCAUGGUCGACCCUCUCGAUCUCUUCGACUUUCAAGAGUACGACCAAAACUCAUACCGGUCAACUUCAGCCUUAGCUUCUCCAGGCACCACCAAACCCCAGUUCUCCAUAGCUUCAGCGGCAGUAACAACACCAAGUACCUUGCCAACCACGCAGGCAUUAUCGGGUCCUAGUCAUCAGUACGAUCAGUAUAAGCAACAGACACCUUUCGUCCCAGGAGCCCUCACCAGUACGAUUGCUAUCAACAAUAGUAGCCAACUUUCCGGCUAUGCUAUAGACUAUAUGCCUUCGGAGAUUGGCUCGAACGAAGACACAUUUGACUUUAACACUGUGCCAUCGCGGAAUAUGAGUGCUGCUGAUAUGGACCUCGACUUCGAAUCUCAGGCCGAUGCUUCGUUUUUUUUCUCCGAGGCGACGAUUGACCCAAACGCAAUUGGAGGAGAGUCUCAAGCAAUGACGUCGCCAACUGUUCCAAGUCAGACGAGCAAUGUCGGGAGGAUGUAUCCUGGUAUGCAUCAGCAAGCCGCAUUAGCAAAGGCGCAGGCACAGCAGAGGCAACAGCAGCAUCUUAUCCAACAGAGACAGAAUCAAGCGAAGCAACAUACUCACAGGUCAAAGGUUCCUAUGCCUUCGGAUCCGAUUGUAGAGCAAAAGAUUACUCAGCUUCUUAAUUCUAUGAGGUCGAAAGCUGGUGCUAGUCCUGGCGAUUCGGGCGAAAACUCGCCUCUUCUCCAGUUGCCGAGGCCUAAAAAAGAAGAAGAUGAUAUGGAUGAAGACGAAAGAUUGCUUGCGAGUGAGGAAGGAAAGAAACUUAGCAGCAAGGAAAGGCGCCAAUUACGCAACAAAGUUUCCGCUCGGGCUUUUCGCUCAAGAAGAAAAGAAUAUAUUACUCAACUCGAGGCUGAGAUUGCUAACAAGGUAAAUGAGAACGGUGACCUACGUGCUCAGAACCGCGUUUUGAUCGAAGAGAAUAAGCGUCUCGGCGAGCUCAGCCGGAUGUUACUUGGAUCGCCAUCGUUUUCUAAUUUCCUAGACAAUCUGAGUUCCAAUCCCUGCGCACUCUCUCAACAGCAACAGCAGCAGCAACAACAACAACAACAACAACAGCAGCAGCAGCAGGAGCAGCCACAACACGAGCAGCGACAACUUGAGGCUCAAGUCCCCAAAGAUGUUAAUCCCUUCAUUGCGGGUCAACAAAAUCAUCAGCAUCAACAAAUAGGGAUGGUUAUGAUGCCCGAACAAGCAAUGGACUUUGCUAUGCUAAACAUAAACUCCGACUACAGUUACCAACCUAGGGUUUUUGCUAUCUUGGAGACACCGGAGAUGCCCGUUAUUGACACGGAAGCGUUGGCGGGCAAGGGGUCGAGUUUUGUAGAAUCUUUUUCAGCAGAUGCCGAAAAGAACAAAGCUCCCGUCCUAGAGUCGCCCAUUGAAGUUCCGGAGCCGGUGGAGACUCCUGCUGAGUCGGGAGUAUCUGAGUACUCGGUCGCAGACCUUGAUGGAGACAUCUAUGAUGAUGAAACGACUAUUACAACGUCGAAACCAGUGGAAUUGAAUACGGAUAGUCUCACUGCCGUAGACAUCUUCGGUGGUAUCGAACCUGAGAAGGCAUUUGCCAGGUAUGAGCUUGUUGACUUUUUAGAGGAAGACACUGUUGCCAUUAUGGCCGCACGACGGGUGGAGCGUCUCGCGGCCAGCCUCGAACCUGUCUUGGCCAGGUUAAAUAUGCUUAGCAUCGGGUUAUAAGUUAUACCAAUAUCGUGUUAUAUUUCAUUCAACUCAUUCACAGUAUAUCAAGCUCGGUUUGUACGGCGUUCGGGAAGGAUUACAUAUUAGGCGAAAAGGAACGGUUCGAGUGGACUUUAUCACUAUUAUCACUGCAUACAAUCAAGUUUUACUUCAUUAUCUAGGGUUAGCUUUGAGAAAAACUGGUUAUUGAUGAAGCGCUUCGGAAGAGCGUUGUUUAUGAGAAACAGGAACGGGAGGGCAUUGCGAUGUUGCACGCAUUGGAUCGCUUGGUGUUGGCUAUAAUAGAGAAACAGGUAGCUAGUGUUUUUCGUGAUGCGAAAAACAACAAUAAAAAAAAUAAAAUCAACAUGAUCAACA